AUGGCGGACAACGAACCAGACUCAGGUCGCGAUGGUGAUUCUCCUUUAGAUCCUGCUAGUCAGCUUCGUGACACUCAAGCGUCAACCACGGCUGCCCCUGCGACCAACCCGGCGCCUGGCCCCGUCAUCUAUUUGAUAACAACGCCGCCCCGCCCGACCGGCACUCGUGCAACCACCACCAACCGAGGAGCACGUCGCCGGACCAGGGUGCCUCCAGGAAACGUCAUCGACUUGGAUGCUUUUAACGCGCAGCUACCUGAUGCUGACGAUGAUUUGGGGGAGCUGGAUGACUUGGCACCCCCCAUGAUGGCGGCCCCGACCCCCGUCAAUGGGCCCGUCGCUCACGACGACGACAAUAUCAUGGACACUGCUACGCCGGCUCCGAUGCCUGCCCUGCCUACCCCACGCUCGCGCGCAAGUACUAACAGGCAGCGUGCAAGAACCGGGACAACUGCUGGCUCUGGGUGGACUGAUGACGAGGAGAUUGUGCUCGCCGAGGUAAGGCGGGACCUUGAUGCUCUCAUCCGUGGCAUGCGUGGGAUACAAGGUUUUGUGAACGCCACGCACCACCCGUCUUCGCACAUGGCUGGGCCUCCUCAGACUCGUAAGGAUCUGCAAUUGCCAUCCCUUUACAUCGCCCACACAUUGGAUGCACUCUACCCCUUUGAUAUCUUGACAUCACUAAUCGUGCAUGCUCUAUACCCCACACAGAUCAUUCUACUCCGCGUGGCCCACCAGCGGCAGUCCAUGCGCAGACGCCUUCACCCGCGAGGCAUCGUCCUACCACCCGUGUUCGCGGGCUGCGAGUGCCGCUCUCCCCUCCUGCAAUGA